CAAUCAUCGUGAUUCAAAUCAAUGGAUUCAAUUAUGAGGUCGGACGAAGAUUAUUUCGAUUCCGAUUCAUCAGCUUCGGGCGAGGAAGCUGAGACUUCUAAAGUGGUUUGCGUACCAAAAUGCCCAGAUGAAUUGAAACCAAAAAUUGGACAAAGUUUCAUGACCCUUGAUCGUGCAUUGGACUUCUACAAUAAUUAUGCUCGAUAUGUUGGAUUUGACACCCGUAAAAAGGGAUCGAAAAAGGAAAAAGAUGUCACUACUUGGAUUUACGUGGUGUGUAGCCGAGAAGGUACAAAGCAAAGAAACAGUAAACAAUCUGAGGUGAAACGAAAGCGUUCUUCUAUUAAGUGCUAUUGUAAUGCUAAAGUGUCUUGGAAGUAUAUUAUGGGUGUUGGUUAUGUUAUACAAAGUUUCGUUGAAGACCAUAAUCAUGAGAUGGUUGAGGAACGCCAUAAGCGUUUUAUGAAUUUGAACCCUUACUUAAAGAAGUGCUUGGUGGAUUAG